AAAUCGAGAGAGAGAGAGAGAGAGAGAGGGUGAGUUGGGGGGGUUUGGGGAUUGAAUUGAAUUGAAAGGGAAGGAAGGAAGGAGGAGGAAAUGGGGAAGAAAGCAGUGCUGAUAGGAUGCAACUACGAGGGGACGAAGGCGGAGCUGAAGGGAUGCGUGAACGACGUGAGGAGGAUGUAUAAGUGCCUUGUGGAGCGUUACGGGUUCUAUGAGGACGACAUCACGGUGCUCAUCGACACCGAUGACUCCUACACUCAGCCCACCGGCCACAACAUCCGCCGUGCCCUCUCCGAUCUCCUCCGAUCUGCUCAGCCUGGCGACUUCCUCUUCGUUCACUACAGCGGUCACGGCACCCGUCUCCCCGCCGAGACCGGCGAGCACGACGACACCGGCUACGACGAGUGCAUCGUCCCCACUGACAUGAAUCUCAUCGCUGAUGAUGAUUUUAGGGAGUUUGUAGACAAGGUACCAGAAGGUUGCCGCAUUACAAUUGUAUCAGACUCGUGCCACAGUGGUGGCCUUAUUGAUGACGCUAAAGAGCAAAUUGGGGAGAGCACCAGGAAUUCCCAUCAAGGGAACGAAUCGGGUUUUGGAUUCAAAAGCUUCUUGCAUCAAACUGUGGAGAAUGCAUUCGAGUCCCGUGGAAUUCAACUGCCUUCAGGUUUGCGCCACCACCACCGGCACCAUGAAGAAGCUGUCAAUGACACAGAAGCUGAGGCUGGAUAUGGGAAUUGGGGGUAUUUGAAGAGCAAAUCUUUGCCUCUUUCAACUCUCAUCGAGAUACUCAAGCAGAAAACUGGAAAGGACGACAUUGAUGUCGGCAAGCUGAGGCCGGCACUCUUUGACAUCUUUGGUGAAGAUGCCAGCCCUAAGGUAAAGAAGUUUAUGAAGGUAAUCAUGAACAAACUCCAAGAACAUUGUGGCGGUGAGGGCGAGGGUGGGGACGAAGGCAGUGGGUUUCUGGGGAAGGUUGGAAAUCUGGCUCAGGAGUUCCUGAAGCAAAAGCUUGAUGAAAAUGAUGAAAGCUAUGCAAAACCUGCGCUUGAAACAGAAGUGGCUAGCAAGCAAGAGGUUUAUGCCGGAGCAAGCAAGCGGGCACUUCCUGAAAAUGGCAUUUUGAUUAGUGGCUGCCAAACCGACCAAACUUCUGCUGAUGCUAGCCCAUCUGGCAAUGCUGAUGAAGCUUACGGAGCUCUCAGCAAUGCAAUUCAGAUGAUAAUUGCUGAAACAGAUGGUACUGUUAACAAUCAGGAGCUUGUAUUGAGGGCCCGGGAGUUGCUGAAAAGCCAGGGUUUCACUCAGCGUCCAGGCCUCUAUUGCAGUGACCAUCAUGUUGACGCUCCUUUUGUGUGCUGAUCUGAUAUAACAACAUUGUGUCAUAUGAUGCAAGACGAUUGAAUAAUAUAUAUAUAUAUAUAUAUAUUUUGUCAGUUGUUUCCUGGAUUUGUGUGGUGUGUGCUUGCUUGUACUACAUUCUGUUUGGAACAAAUUAUGAACCAAAAAACUAUUUUGUAUUUCAACUACAUUCCGGAUGACAUUGAUUUGUGA